AUGGCGGCAGCAGACGUGGCUCCCCAGUUUGGAGCGGAACUAAAGGACUCUUUCAAGCCCGUCAACGCUUGGGUAUCGAACGGUAUAUCGUGGCUGGAAGAAGUUCAACAAUUUUACCGAGAACGUAGCGUUAUAGAGAAGGAAUAUGCAACAAAGCUCUCUGCUCUUUGCCAGAGGUAUCAUGACCGCAAGUCAAAGAAGAUUGGUCCGUUGAGUGUCGGCGACACUCCAACCAUGACCCCCGGCUCCCUCGAAAGCGCCUCUCUCACAACAUGGACUACUCAAUUGAGUACGGUGGAGGCACACGCAGCAGAGCGCGAUAAAUUUGGCACGGAAUUGGUCACCCAUGUCGCCGAACCCAUGAAACAAGCGGCGCUGCAAUACGAAGAAAUCCGGAAAUGCCAUUCUGACUACCAUGCGAAGCUGGAAAAAGAACGAGACACGUCAUAUGGAGAAUUAAAGAAGGCGAAGGGUAAAUAUGACGGUUCUUGUCAAGAGGUAGAGUCCCGAAGAAAAAAGAUGGACUCUUCUUUCGACCAUAGCAAGGCCAAGGCGCAGGGCGCGUUCCAGCAACAAUUAUUGGAGAUGAACAAUUAUAAGAACCUAUACCUUUUACAAAUCAAUGUCACCAACAAAUUAAAGGAGAAAUUCUUUCAUGAAUAUGUCCCAGAGGUGGUUGAUGGCUUGCAAGAUCUUAAUGAAACCCGGGUUUCAAAAUUGAACGCUUUAUGGAUUCUAGCAACGCAGCUAGAAAAGGCGGCCUUCACAACCAGCGUAAACAACGCCUCAAACCUGCUUAAUGAGAUUCCCCGCAACGACCCUCGAAUGGAUUCCAUGAUGUUCCUUCAGCAUAACGCCAUUCAGUCCCAGGAGCCUGCCAACAUGGGAUUCGAGCCUAGCUCCAUUUGGCACGAUGACGCCUCUAUCAUCACUGAUGAAGCUGCUAAGGUGUUCCUUCGCAAUUUGCUUGGAAAGAGCAAAACGCAGGUGCGCGAAAUGCGAGUGGAAGCAGAUCGAAGGAAGCGCGAAGUGGAGAGCGGCAAGAAGACUAGGCAAACUAUUCGCCAAGCCAAAGAUAGUCGCAGUGAAGUUGAAAUCGUGCGGAAUAUAUUCCAGUGGCAGGAGCUCUUGCACGAAGUGGAUCGCAAAUGGCUGGCGGCAGAAGUUGAGACUGCUACGAUUAUAGCGGUAGCGGGAGACCUAUCCCUAGGAGCUCAAAACCAUAACUUCCGGUCGCAAACAUUCAAGAUUCCUACAAACUGUGAUUAUUGUGGAGAUCGUAUUUGGGGUCUUUCUGCUAAGGGAUUCGACUGCCAGGACUGCGGGUAUACAUGUCACAGCAAGUGUCAAAUGAAGGUUCCUGCUGAAUGCCCGGGUGAGCAGACAAAAGAAGAGAAGAAGAAACUUAAAGUGAUGCGACAGGAACAGGCAGGUUCUGGACCUGCUGUGGAUCUUGAAUCCUCAGCUACAUCGGCGACUGCGCCAUCUCUUACUCGUCAAAAUACCAUGAACUCCCUUAGCUCGGGCUAUGCAGCUAGUACAGCCCGUUCUGCAUCCAACGUGGCUGUUCAACCCACCCCUGAGGACCCUGCAGAUGAAGUUUCAGCCCCUGUGGCUGAGACCAAGCCAAAUGCUGGAAGGAAGCACCGAGUCAUGGCUCCACCCCCUACGGCAUAUAUGAGUGCUCCACCACCAAUGGAGUCAAGUACGUUUGCCAAACCCAGAGGAAAGAUGGUUUAUGGGUUUGAGGCUACUGGCUCCGAUGAAGUCACAGUACGAGAUGGAGAUGACGUGAUGAUUGUUGAGCCCGAUGAUGGAUCCGGCUGGAUGCGUGUUAGCAUAGGCGGUCAAGAAGGACUCGUCCCAGCCUCAUACGUCGAAGCCGCACCGACGCCAGCUCCAUCAGCUAGUUUGCCCGAACGACCGGGCUCCACCUAUUCAAACUCCUCAGCAUCAUUGGCUGGAUCGGCUACACCCAAGCGAGUGGGACCAGCAGUUGCCCCGCGCAGAGGUGCAAAAAAGCUUCAAUAUGUCGAAGCGUUGUAUGAUUAUGAGGCUCGAAGCGACGUGGAGUGGAACAUGGCGGAGGGCGAUCGAUUUGUCCUGAUUACCCGGGACGGUGGCGAUGGGUGGGCAGAUGUGGAGCGCGGUGGGGUCACAAAGAGUGUUCCGGCGAACUAUAUCCAAGAAGUGUAA